AUGGCCCCUCCUACUCCCACCUCUAACCCUUUCGCCGCCAUGAGGAACUUUGGUGGUAUGGUGUCGUCUGCUCUUUCCUUCGGCGACAGAUCUCGCCAAGUCUCCUCCCUCGGCCUCGGCACCCUCUCUUUGGGGGAGCCGUCUGGCGAUGUCCCGCCUCCUCGCUCCGCUUCUCCUCCCGCCGGUCCUCCCGCUGGUUCUCCCUCUGCUUCUCCUCCUCCUGGUUCUCGCUCUGCUUCCCCUCCUGCCGCCAGCCCUCGCCGCAGGACGCCCGCCUUUCGUCCUGACUUCGAAGGAAAAGGGGGUGAUUAUAGUGAUGAGGAUGAUAGAAUCGUGUCGGAGGGUGAAACCGAGUUAGAGGAACACUCGGAUGAUGAUAUGGUGGCGAUAGUCCUGAGCCCGCUCCUGCCCCUCCCCCUGCUCAAAUUGCGUCGUUCCCUCUCCUCUUCUUCUUCUUCCUCUUCUUCUUCUUCCUCUUCUUCUUCCUCUUCCGGGGUUCUCCCCCCCCCCAACGCCAUCGCCGCUGCCGCCGCCGCUGCCGCCGCCCGCCCUGCCGCCGCCAUCGCUCCUGCUGCCGCCGCCCCCGUCGCUGCUCCCCCCCCUUCUCCCAGAGGGGAGCCUUCGCCCAAACGGGUGAAGAGAUCACUGCGGGAAGAAGAGUACUUGUGGGAGAAGAUGAAGUCCGAGCCUGGUCGUUGGAUCGCGGUUGGUGUUGACGAAGCGUGUGAUCGUUGCCGACGUGAGAUUAUCACGUAUAAUCGUCCAAACUGGCCCUGCCUCAAGGCAGUCAGGCCACACAACAAGGCCCUCCGUUGUGCUUCAUGCACGUCUGGCCCCUGCUCCUUCUGUCCCGUUUCCUCUGCCCGGGACAUCCCGCCCCGUCCCUUCGACGCUUCUCCUCUCCCCCCUCCCCAGACUCCAGCGUCUGUCCCCCGUUCGCGGGUACCGCCUUCGUCUCUCCGGUCGGUUCGCCGUACUUCGCCGGACCUCCGCCCGUCGCCUCCGUCGCCGUCGCCCUUCGCUCCUGUGGCCGGCCCAUCACGUCUCCCGGCUGUUCCUCCUUCGUCUUCUCGCCGUCCUUCGGCCUCUGCUCCUUCGGCCUCCCGUCCUUCGGCCUCUCGUCCUUCGGCCUCUCGUCCUUCGGCGCCACGUCCGUCCUCUCCAGUGGUAGCUUCUCCUCCUGCUCACAGCACCCGAAGUCGGCGUCCUUCUGUUCCUCCGGCCACUUCGGCGGCCCCUCCCGUCACCCCUCCCUCUGCUUCCCAGAAGACACCGAAGUCUUCUUUAAAGAAAUCAAAAGGGAAAUCUAAAGAGAAGGAGGUUGCCUUCAAUGAUGGUGAUGUGGAAGGUGAAGAUGCUCAGCGUGCUGGUCCCUCUGCUCCCCGGUUGUCCCUCGUCCACCCUCGUAUCUCCCUGGACGUCCGUAUUCCUGAGGACGAAAAGGAAUUCGCCACUUAUCGUUCUCUCGUCCUCGGUCUCACUACUCAGCUCGAGGCCGCCCGAAAUGAUACAUCUCUCCUGCUUGACUUCUCUUCUCGUCAAGCUAACGCUUUAAACAAUCUCACUGCGGCGUUAGUAGAUGUAGUCAACACUGAGGCUCUGGACGACGAAGCAAGGACAAGGUUAGCGGACGUCUCUCGCCGAAGCCUUACUGAGAUAGCCGAUGUUCGCCGAAGACUGUUCGACACCCCCUUCCUAGUCACUCCUAUGGCGUAUGAGCCACCACCGUCCCUUGACUGGUUAGGUCGCCGUAGUAGUUCUCGUGUCCCAGCUUCCGCCCAGACUGCUCUCGACCUCCUCAGUCUUCCCUUCGAGUGUCUACGGACCAUACGUUCUCUGUGGAGGACUCCGAGCAUGCAAGCUGCUCGAGAUGUCCAGGACUUCGGUGACUUCUUUGGGGCUAUGAAUCGGGCAUGGAAUGCUUCUCUCUCUACUGCGUUCCCGUCUGAGACUCUCGAUCUACCUUCGGUCAUCGGUAGCCUCCAUACCAAUCCCGCGGGACCGAGUAGAUCGAAGGAGAAAGGAAAAGGAAAAGGUAAGGGUAAGAGUAAGGACAAGUGA